UUCUUGGACUGGUGCAGCUGGAAGUUGGGAAGUUGUGUAUCAUUACCUAGGCUGGUGAUGGAUGAACUUGGAUGUCCAAGAUGUAAAACAACCAAAUAUCGGAACCCAUCUCUCAAACUACUCGUUAACAUAUGUGGCCAUUCUCUAUGUGAGAGCUGUGUGGAUUUGUUGUUCAUCAAAGGAUCUGGGGCCUGCCCAGAAUGUGGUACUGCUCUGCGCAGGAACAACUUCCGACUGCAACUUUUUGAGGACUCCUACAUUGAGAAGGAAGUGGAGAUAAGAAAGAAAUUAUCCAAAGACUUUAACAAGAAAGAAGAGGACUUUGAUACACUCAAUGGCUUCAACGACUACCUAGAGAUGGUAGAAACAAUUGUGUUUAAUCUCACAAAUAACGAUGAUGUGGAAAAUACCAAGAAGAUGAUAGACGAGUACCGUAGGGACAAUAAAGACCAGAUUAUGAAAAACAAAUCCAAAUUGGGUCGUGAAGAAGAAUACUUAGAGUUGCUGAUAGAACAAGAAAAACAAACAAGUGAAGUCAGAAAACAUCUGUAUGAAGAAGAGGCCAAAAUGGACAAAAAGAAUCUAAAGAAGAAAAACACAGAAGCUCUUUUAGAUGAGCUGGAAUUUUCUGACCUACCUGCCUCACACAUCAUGGCCACACACAAGGCCGAUAUAGAACAUCAGGAGGAGGAGACUGCCACAAGCAUUCCUAUUCAAGCUGCAACCAAGUUUUCAACAGGCAUUCGAUUGGGCAUGUCGACAUCAGAAUUUGAGCCUGCACCCGAACAGAAAGUGGAGGUUUACAGCUACAGUCCCAUAGAACUUAUGAUGUGUGGACCUGAUCCGCCCUCAGAGGAGCGCAUCAUGCAGGAAGGGUUCUUGAGAAAUGUGAGAGAAACAUCAAACCAGGAGAAAGGAGGUGGCUACGAGAGCAGAAUGGCAUGUCAGCGAGCAUUGAUGGAUGCCAUGUGUGGACUGUUUUUCUUUCCAUGUGAAUCACAAACAUUCCAUAAGGACCCACAGCAGGGUAGUUCUGCUAACACUUGAAACAUGUCACAGCAUAUUUGUAAGUGUGUGGAUGAGUUUGUAUGUGAAUGUAUAUGCAAUGUGGGUCGUGUGCAGACAGUGUAUGUAUUAAUGCAAUAGUUUGUGCUUGUUACAAAGUAAUAGUUUAUUUCUAGUGGUGUUUUGUUGAAAAAAUAGUUCCUAUGUGAAUUCGUUCUUGAAAAAUAUCCCAGUUUUUUUACGACACUAAUCAGCCAAAACAUCGCAAUGUAGAAUCACAAUUCAAGUGUAUAUGAUGUAUAUUACACGGUACUCAGUGAAUCAAUAUGCCCUCAAUAAAGAUUCAAAAACAGAAGUAGAUCUCAAUUAAAGGCUUUUAGGAUAAUAAUAAUCUCCUCAAGUAUUCUAUUGAAGAUAUAAUUGUACACAUAUGUGCAUGUUACUGAUAAUUGUUGUUCUACUACUGUAAUGGGCCAUAUGCUAUAAGUGUAAAAUGCUUCAAUUUCAGUUGGAUAUUUUGAAGUUGACUGUGUAAAAUGAAAUGUCAUAUAGCCACUGACUUACCUUAUUCUCUUUAUCUCCCUUAGCACAGACUUCAGCUAAAUAAAAUCAUAUUGGGUUGAGCAUAUAGGUGUCGACCUCCGAAACCUCAUUCUUUCAAUUAUUCAUACACAGUAAGCAUGUUUACUGUGAUCUGGUAUUUAACCAUGAAGGUUGUUGGUGGUGCUACUAGGAACUAAGAACAAAGAUUGAAGUAUGAUAGAGUGUUUACAAGGGUGUGUGUGUACGAGGGUGUGUGUUUACAAGGGUGUGUGUGUACGAGGAGGGUGGAUGUGUACGAGGGUGUGUGUUUACGAGG